UACUCACCUAGCUACACCACACGCACUUCUUUUUACAACUUUACUGGAAGAACUGAGCACUUCCGAGCAGAAGGGCAACAUGAAGAGCUUUGAUAAGUCACUGGAGAUAGAAACAGAGGAGGAAGUUAAUGGCCAGAAGCAAGAAAAUAACUCAGAAGCGUCCCGUAAUAUAACCCCACUUCUGCUGGACUCAUGGAAGCCGUACAAGAAAACCCGUGCAAAUGUUAAAGAGCAGCUGUUAAAGCUGAGAGAUUGUUUGGAAAGCGUCUGUGGGAUUCAGUGGUAUGGAUUCGCCAUGUUGGGUAUCUUGGCAGCUCUCCUAAGUUUCUUUAUGGACUUCAGUGUAGCAAAGCUGCUACGAGCUCAUCUGUGGCUUUAUGCGAAGCUGGAAGGCCAUGUUCUGCUGCAGUUCCUCUGCUGGACACUAUACCCAGCAUGCAUCUGUGCUUUUGCCUCAACUUUAUCCCAUAACAUCUGUCCCUUCUCCACAGGCUCUGGUAUUCCAGAAGUGAGAACCAUGCUGUCCGGCAUUGAACUGCCUCAUUACUCGUCUCUCACUCAUAUGUUCACUAAGUUUCUGGGUCUUAUCUGCACACUGGCUGCAGGCAGCACUGUUUUCCUUGGCAAAGUUGGUCCAUUUGUGCAUCUUUCCACCAUGUUAGGAGUCUAUUUGGACAGGCUUUGCAGACUCAUGCAAGGCAAAAAGAAGGAGGCAGGAACAGAGAUGAUGGUUGUAGCUGCUGGGGUUGGAGUAGCAAGCUGCUUUGGAGCGCCCAUCAGUGGUGUGCUGUUCAGCGUGGAGGUGAUGAGCUCUCACUUUGCCCUGAGGCAUUACUGCCCAUGUUUCUUCUCAGCUGCCUGCGGGGCUCUGACCUUCCACCUGCUGUCGGCGUGGAGCAGAGAUGGAGAGACUCUUCAGACGUUGUUCCAAACCAAUUUCCCCACCGCUUCACCUUUCUUCACACUGGAGAUCUUGCUGUUUGCUUUACUGGGGCUGGCGUGCGGGGCUGUGAGCCGAUGCUACCUCUUCUGCCACCGCUGGAUCCUGAAGUUCACCAAAACCAACCGGCUCUUCUCCACGAUGCUGACAACAGAAAAGGGUCUGUACUCUGGUCUUGUUGUUUUCUUUCUGGCAUCGCUGACGUUUCCCCACUCUGCAGGUCAAUACAUGGCCUCUAAGUACACCACAAAGCAGCUCCUCACUUCCCUCCUGGACAGCAGACAAUGGAGCUCUCAGUCCCAUAAUGCAUCUGUGCGACUGGAGCUGGAAACACUGGCGUGGAGCUCGUCAGGCGCCCCCAUUUUCCUGUCCUUGGCUUUCUUUCUGCUCAUGAAGAUGUGGAUGUUGGUCCUGGCCUGCACGCUGCCUCUGCCAGCAGGAUACUUCAUGCCUGUGUUUGUCUAUGGUGCAACUAUGGGUCGUCUGUUUGGUGAGGGAGUUGCCUACAUUACCACUGGUAGAGAUGUUUUAGGACAACAGUGGACAUCUGUAAAUCCUGGCGGCUAUGCUCUUGCAGGUGCAGCUGCCUUCUCUGGUGCUGCCACCCACACUCUGUCCCCGGCUCUGCUGGCUGUGGAGUUGACAGGGCAGGUCACCCACGCUGUCCCUGUCCUCCUGUCCACUCUGCUGGCCAACGCCCUGGCACGCUCCGGGAACCGCCCGUCUUUCUACGAUGGCCUUUCUAUCAGUAAGAAGCUCCCGCACCUGCCCUCGUUGAAGAAGGCGUGUCCACAGCUUCCCUCCACACCACUGGGGCAGGUUAUGGGGGUGAAAUCAGUGCGGCUUCAGAAAGCAGCUGGCCCAGCAGAGGUUCAGUCUGCUGUCAGCAACAGCAGUGAAGCACGAAUCCCUGUGGUGGACGCACACGAGUCGCAGGUUUUUCUGGGCUCCGUUCUGCGGUCAGAGCUGCUGCUGUUCCUGCAUCGCUGUCAGACUCAGCGCAUUGAGGGACGACUGGACGAGGUUUGCAGCAUACAUCCAAACUCAGUCGUGGUGUCGCCUCACAACACAGUGCAGGAGGCCUACAACAUGCUGAGUGUUGCUCCAGCCCAGACUGUAUUUGUGGCUGAUAGAGGAAAGCUGGUGGGACAGAUCACAUGGUCAGAGAUGAAACAAAUUUUGGAAGGCUUGGCCAAGGAAAUCUGAGCUUUGUCAACAUGGGAUCAGCACUUCCUGUCAUAAAAUUGAACCCCACAUGAAUGGCGUCUCUCUCUGAUUAACAUGCGGCAAAGCCCACAUCCGAUAAUGCUACCACUUCUUCAUCCCCCAAGUGUUUGCACAUCGACAAAACUGUAAUUAACUGUCGACUCCGAUGGUAAAUAUUCAUUAAAGCUUUUUUUUUUUUUGCCCUUAAUUGUGAUCAGUGGUGAUGGGUCCAGAAAAGAGAGAGAGCGCACAACAUCAUUCUGUGCUUUUUGACAUGGUAAUGAGAUAAAUAGAUUAUACACCACAAUGAAAUCUGUGCUAUGUCUUCUUCUUCUGGUAACCAAGUCUCACUCAGUGUUUGCUUUUGUGCCACACAUUUGUGUGAUGGGACAGUGCAUAACAGAGCAUAUUAUAUAUAUUCUUUCUCACAAUUAUGCACUAUUUAUGUUGGCAUCUUGGAUAAAAUCCCAAUGAAACACACUGAAGGUGUGAAUGAAUGCUGUGCUGUGGACUGUUCCGCUCUGUUUGUUUAGCCGAACGUGGCUGUGAAGGCGCAGAGACCUCUCAUUAUUUUAGAGAUGUUUCAGUUUGUGAGGUAACAUCCUACUGUAGUGGUGUCAGACCUGCCUUCUCGAUGAGAUGAGCUUUUCCA